CGCGGCAUUGCGUCACGUUGAUGAAUUUGAAGUGAUGCUACCGAGAGGCGCAUCUGCUCGUGUAUGAUAAACAAAUCUGCGCCGCCCUUCGUGUGUUCUUAUUUCGGGUUAAUUCGCGAUUAAAUAUCGAGGGAUGCUGAUGAAUUAUUACCGUGAACGGGGGAUAUUAACGGCGUGAUAUAUUAACGACAGUACCGAAGGAGGAAAGUAGCUUACAUCAGCUGGUGUGUUAUACACACUCAGGUGGGCCAAGCGAUUUUUGCGCGUGGCGUCGGUGGUCUCGCGCUCGGCACGGGAAAAUCAACCCAGUUCGCGCGUCUCGGGAUGGUCGGUAAGGCUCAUGAACGCGCUCUUCCGUUCGAUAUCCGUACCAUCCCGGGGUGUGACAGAUAGACACGGAUCCGCGGCCGCUGCGCCCAUGGCGGGUCCCGCAUUCACGGGAGCGCACGGGACCUGGAUCACAUCUCGGUUGCGGGAGGACGGCUCACCUUCAUCGUCGUUAUCGUCAUCAUCCGCAGAGAAACCGCGCAAACGGAGAGCCUUUAACUUGGUGAAACUGCGGCAACCGGCCGCCCCCGGUAACAACAACACUCCGUUUGUAAUCUCCGGCCAUAUCAAGCACAUCUGCAGUAACUGCAGCCGCGGGAAUGAGAUCCGGGACGCAGAAGGUGCUGAGCGUUUGGCAGCGAUGCGCUCAGAUUCUUUGGUUCCAGGGACUCGCACGCCUCCGAUCCGCAGACGGAGUAAACUGGCCAGUCUGGGGCGACUCUUUAAACCGUGGAAAUGGAGAAAGAAAAAGAGUGACAAUUUCAAACAGACGUCUGCUGUGCUAGAGAGGAAGAUGUCGACCCGUCAGAGCAGAGAAGAGCUCAUAAAGAGAGGAGUGUUGAAAGAAGUGUUUGAGAAAGAGGAGUUGAGUGGAGAAUCUGGACAUGUGUGUGCUGUGGAUCUGGACAGACAGACCAUCAUGAGUCCGGUUUCAGAGUCUCCAGAGAACAACCUCACAGUUUCCUUUUCAGAAGCGCAGUCAUCUGGCGAAAGUUUGUCGUGUCUCACAGAUCUCCCCUCAAAGCCAUCUCAAGCCCCACCCUCUGUCAAACCUGUGCCGCUGGCAAGCGACAGCGCUGACAUCACACACGUGAGACCAGCGUCACUCAAACAGCCACCUGCCUUACCGCCAAAGCCAUACAGCAGAAUUCACAACCACCUGACAGAAACCUUUGCUAGACUGUCGCCACCUCUUCCUCCAAAGAAAGUCUUGAUCUGUGAUCCUGCACCUUCAUUUCCUCUCAAAUGUCUGCCGUCGCACCCGCACGCACACACACUUACACACUCACACAUGCAACACUACGCAACCAUACCUUUGUCUCUACAUCCACCGAGUCGCAUCAUAGAGGAACUCAAUAAAACCCUCGCUCUUACAAUGCAGAGACUGGAGAGUUCUGUUCUGCAGGCGGUCCCAUCUGUUCUGGUGGAGAUGGAAGAGGAGAAAGAGAACAGAGACUGUAUGCACCAAUCACCAGCCAACACACACACACUCAUCACACACACCUUCAGCACACACACGCACGAGGAAGAUGAAGAGGAAGAUGAUGACGACGAUGAUGAUGAUGAUGACUCUUUGUUUACAAGUACAUUGGCUUUAAGAAUCUUGCGGAAAGAUUCAUUGGCGAUUAAACUGAGCAAUCGACCAUCAAAGAGAGAACUGGAGGAUAAAAACAUUUUACCUAUGAUGUCGGACCAGGAGAGACUCGAGUCCAGACAACAGAUCGGCACCAAACUAACCCGUCGACUCAGCCAGAGACCUUCAGCAGAAGAACUGGAACAGAGAAAUAUCCUCAAACCUCGAAACGAGCAGGAGGAACUGGAGGAGAAACGUGAGCUGAAGAAAAGACUCUCGAGAAAGUUGAGUCAGAGACCGACUGUAGAGGAGCUCAGAGAGGCGAAAAUUCUCAUCCGCUUCAGCGAUUACGUGGAAGUGGCGGAAGCUCAGGAUUACGACCGGAGGGCCGACAAACCCUGGACACGCCUCACUGCUGCAGAUAAGGCUGCCAUUCGUAAAGAACUCAAUGAGUUCAAGAGCACAGAGAUGGAGGUGCACGAGUCGAGUCGACAUCUAACCAGGUUUCAUCGGCCGUAACUGAAGAUUUUAACUAAUAGAUGCUCAUAUGGAGCCGUUUAAUAAACUGAGACUCUAAACAGAGACCGCCGUUAAUUUUCAUCAGGAAUCACAACAGAGCGACACAACACUCGAACUGAAUUCGGAGCAACCGCACGGGAAUUUCACUCCGUGUCCGCUGGCAGAUUCACAGUACGAUGAAGGAUAAGAUUCAAGAGCCAGUGGAACAGAACGAGAGAGCGGUUUAUGUGCAGAUAUAUGUGUAUAUUCUGACGAAACCUUUCAAAACUGAUGUCUGUCAGUGGUAUGUGCUAUAAUUUUGUUUUUCAGGUCUGUUGGCUCGUAAUGCAACAGAUAAUCUGAUUGAUUUUCUAUUUAUAAUUCAAGAGAAAUAAGUCACAGAAAUGAAGCAGAUAUAAAAAGACUUUUAUAAAAUGUACAUGUCGCAUUACUGAUUUAUGAAUAUCUGUGUUUUUGUCCAUAUAUUUAAUUUCUUUUUUGACAAAAUCAUGUUUUUUUAUUUUUGAAAUGAAUGGUGACCGUUUACAGUGAAGAUGUCAAAGGGACGCACUGCAGUUAAGUGACAGCAGAGCAAUAACACAAACCUUCAGUGUUUUAUCGUCGGCUGUGUGUGUGUUUAUAGACCAUGUGGGAAUGUUUUUGUCUCAGAUAAAGUUAAGGUCCCUACAGUCAAGUGCAUGGCUGUAGUGUGCUAAGUAGGGUGUAUUGUUUGCAGUGUUGGGCAGUAACUAGUUAACUAACUAGUAACUUAGUUACUGUAAUAAUAUUAUUUUCCCUGGUAACUUGUAGUGUAAAUAAUUACCAAAAUUUUUUAUAUUACAGUUACCAUCCCAAAUUUGGCCACAACGUCACCAACACAGGACGCUAUAGCUCUUUUUCGUUCUGCCAACAUGUUUGGUUAAUUCCACUUGAGCUUGAGCCCUGUUGCAGAUUUUAGUAUACGUGUUACAUGUUUUAUUUAAUUACAGAAGGUGUUUAAAAAAAUAAUUUAAAACAUUUGUCAUUUAUCUGUAACUUUCAUGAAUUCAAAGACUGCAAAAAUUAAGCAAUUACCUUGGGGUGUAAUGGAAAAGUAAUGUAACUAGUAGUGUACUAAUAACUGUUGGCUGGGAGUAAUUUAGAAAUACUAUUACUUUUGAAAUGAGUAACUAGUAAUGAGUAAUAUAUUACAUUUUUGGAGUAACUAGCCCAACACUGAUUGUUUGGGACGCACCCUUUACAGAAGCAUUCGUUUGCCAAAAUAAAACCAAAACAUUUCACGAGUUAAGUUUUACGAGUCAGUGUUACAUUUGUUUUUGUAUUUAUUUUAAUCAGAGACAUUGCAACAAUGUGAAACUUUUUAUGUUGAUAUUUAUAUUUUGAUACUGAACAUAAAUACACAAAGUAAUAGCUGCACCUGAUGGGAAAAUUCUGUCAUUGUUUUCCUACAUUAAGUUUCAAACUGCUGCUGUUAUCUGAAAGUAGAAAUUCAAGAAUCUUCUUCGUAUUUCCAUGAAAAACCCAAAACUGGAUCUUGUCAAUAAAACAGAAAACAGUGAUGCAUCUUCUUUGUGAUCCACAGUAGAAACAAGUGACAGAAUUUAGAUUUUUGGGUGAAUUAUUUCCAUCUCGAAAAACAGAAGGCGUCACGUUUUGAAUGAUUGAUGUGUUUUUUUAUUUCAACGUUCUGCUCUUGUGCUGCCAUCAGCUCAGAUAAUCCAGGAAGAGAGCAGAACGUGCAUGUUACCUAAUGUACCGUCACUCCUGAAUGAUGUAUGCAGAUUCUGAUGUAAAGGAAUCGUAAUAAAAAUGAACUGCGCACACA